UGCUUAAUUAGAAAAAGUUAAGGAUUAGUGAGAAAGUAACCUAGAACAUGGUCUCCAUUUUUAAUGGUCAGUGGCUUUUUUUUGUAUUUUGUAUAUUCGUUACAUUGCAUACGAAAUAACUUAUUGCGGUAUUAGUGCCUUAUUUGCAAUUAAAUGUUCCUUGGUUUUGAAUUAGAUUUUUUUAAUAGGAAACAUGUGUAGAAAAAGGCGGCAAAACUAUUGAUUAUUUAUGAAAUACUAGUAGUGUACUUAAUCUGUGGAAAGUAAAAAUACGCAUAAUUUUGCAGCAUUUCUAUUUUGGAUUAAUAACAAUUCACUAUAUUCAUCGGCUGCCCUUGUUCCAAAAAAAGAAUGGCACCACUCAAAACGACGAAAUUGUACACGAACAACGUAAAUAAAAUCGCAACCAGGAGUAGGGCGGCUACACACUUGAAGGAGAUAAACGGCAACAAGGGUUUGGAGAGGGCGUUACGCGGCAAACGAAAGGCCGACUGCUCACCGACCAAAGAAAAUGGCAACAAAAGAACCGCGUUAGGAGAAUUAACCAACAACAAAAUAGACUUUGCGACAGGGAAAGGUAUAAAAAAAGUCACAGUGCAAUCGUCAGUGUUGCCGUCGGUAAAAACUGUAGUGAAAAAUAACAAACAGAAGGAAAAUGGUGCCCCACCCCCUGCCCCGCUCAACAAAAUUAUUACCCGGGCGUCGUUGAAACAGACGGUUCACCACAUUCCCAAUCAAACGGCAGUCAAGUCGAAGGAGACGCAAAAAGAAAACAAUUUACCCCCAGCAACCAAAAAAAGACUGAGCAACGAGUUCGAAAAGACUGAAUCUGAGCCAUCGCUUUACAGCACCGCCUUGGAAGACGCUAAUGAUUCUACCUACUUCAGUGCAAGAAAAUCGACGAGACUGUCUUCGAAAUCGUCCGAAUCAUCGACCAUUGUCGAACAAAAGCCCAGUCCUUCAAAUGUUUCUUUGGUCAUUCAGCAAUUAGAGUCGAAACUGAACCUAGGUAAUCACGAUGUUCCCCCCGGGAUCAGGGAUUUUGACAAAGAAAACUGGAACGAUAUUUAUCAAGUUUCGCAUUAUGCCAUGGACAUUUUCAACUACUACAAAGAAAGGGAAAAAAUGUUUCCAAUUGGGGAUUACAUGGAAAGACAAGUCUGCCUAACUAAAAUGAUGAGGUCGCAACUGGUCGAUUGGAUGGUUGAGAUACAAGAAAGCUUCGAGUUGAACCAUGAGACUCUGUAUCUGGGGGUUAAAUUAGUCGACAUGUACUUGGAUAGAGUGACAGUAUCGAAAGAAAUGCUUCAAUUGGUGGGCGCGGCAGCCAUGUUUAUCGCUAGCAAGUUUGACGAGAGAAUACCGCCCAUGAUAGAUGACUUUUUAUACAUCUGCGACGGAGCUUAUACCCGGAGAGAAAUGAUUCGAAUGGAGAUCAACCUGCUCAAAAUUAUCGAUUUCAACUUGGGAAUACCAAUCAGCUAUCGAUUUCUAAGAAGAUUUGCCAGAUGCGCGAGGAUUACAAUGCCGAUACUGACACUGGCAAGAUAUAUCCUGGAGUUUUCAUUGAUGGACUAUGACACCAUUUCGAUUAAAGACUCUAUACUGGCAUCGGCAGCUUUAUAUAUGGCCUUGAAAAUGAAGAAAGUUUCCAAUUGGACUCCUACACUUGAAUUUUACACUGGUUAUAAAUUAGAAGACUUCAAGGACACAAUUCUGUUGCUCAACAAAGGAUUGCACAGGCCGUCAAGAGAGCAGUUGAUGACAGUACGUAAUAAGUAUUCCCACAAGAUAUUCUUCGAAGUAGCGACAACACCUUUACUAAAAGAUGACGCAUUCUUUUAGCCAAUUUCGGUUAAUUUAGUAUAUACAUUAAUUUUUCUAAUGACGAUUUAUUUCUAUGAUAUGUUUAAGAGCUUGUAAAAUAUACACACAAUAAAAUUUUUGCUUGAUGGAGUAUUUUGCUCCUAUUAUUAUAAUGUGUAGGUAAAUUUGUUAUCGAAUAUUGUUUUCGCGUCUUUCAUUUUACAUUUUCUCUACGUGAAAUGGGUGUUUGAAAUUGAAUCUCAUUGUCUAAAAUUAAUGCUUGAAGGUACUUGUUUGGCAAAGAUCCGUUUUUUCCUGCUGUUUGCAUCAACCAGCAAAGUAC